CUCCCAGACUGGCACACCCACCCCGCCGUCACUGAGGGAGAGCAGUUGGGCCUUCUGGGCUUCCUGGUCCUCGGCUCCGCCUCGCCUCGAUCUGACCGGACGGCGAAAACACUUCUCAGUUAAAGAACAAAAGCACCAACGGAUGGACCGAGGAGGACGAAGUAACGGCGACACAAAUCCUUACCUGAAUCUCGCGGAUUGAGGUAUCUGUGCCCUAUAAGGCAGGAUUUAGCCGGCGACUGAACUCCUACGAAAGACGACAAACUUGGUCGCCUCGCAUCUUUGAAUCCCGACCGUAAUCCGACGAAGUGCUACAUAAAUAAGACAAGGGUCAAAUCGACAGACGGACGGUAUUGUUUCCCUGGUCCCCCUCGAAACUUCGGCCAUAAAAAGCGGAGUGGCAGGGGGAGAACUCUGGGUUUCUUUUGUUGUAUUUCCGCUCAAAAGGACCUCGGGGACAACGGGUUAUUUUGGCAUUUUCGGUUUCUGUUGUGGUGUAUGCCUUUGUGAAGAAGCUACACUCAUCUUUUGGGACAGAGAACUUGGGAGUGGAACAAAGCCUGACUGGGAAGGGGUGAGAAAGUAGGCUGUGAUGGAUUUCUCAUAGAUCCCCAUUCCUCACGCACCCACCCUUUGCGACCAAUCCCCCACUCACACAAAACAAAAGUGAAAGAGCCCAUUUUGAUAACCCAGAUGGCAACCUACAGCGAACAUAAUGGAAGAAAUGGACUAUUUACAGGCAUAACAGGGCCUUCUGAAAAAGUAACAAAGACAGAAUGUGAAGGAAAACGUGAAGCUAAACGCUCCUCCAAGGAUUUGCGCCAGUCUGCCAGCUCAGCUGACAGCAAUGUGAGUGGUGUGGCUAGUUUUACCACUAACCACAACUCUGUUGUGUGCCUGCCUCUUGUGUCAGAGGGACUGAAAUUGGUAUGGACACAGUCAGAUCAAACCCGUGAACUUGACACAAUCCCAGAGCUGGUCCAAGCCUUUAACUUAUUUCCAUAUCCAUCAUCCUGUGAGGUUAGCACCCUGGCCAGGGUAUGUGCCUUGCCACUGGACAAAGUUAAGGUGUGGUUUAUGGUGCAGAGAAUUAAAUAUGGUAUCAGCUGGUCAUCAGAGGAGAUAGAGGAGACACGGCAAAAGCUGGCGGUGCCGGAGCUUUGUGAUGAGUAUACUGAAACAAAUGAGGAAGCCAAAGUAAAGAGCAAGAGCAGCAGUUGUGAGGAAUUGGUAAUUGAAGAUAAGGAUAGCAAUGAAGUAGAGGGUGCUCUCUCUAGCGCCCAGAAGAAGAAACCAAAGUGCGAGUCACCAGAUUCCUAUAAACCAGCCAAACCCACUGCCCCGUGUUUCAGCUCCACCCUCCCUCCUCCUCAGGAUUCAUACUUCUACCGCCCACCAGCAGACACGCCAGCAAGUACAGCAGCGGAUGUCUCCCUUGAUCUUUCAGAGUCAUCUUCACGACAGCAUCGUCAUGGGCGCUACAAAAAAUCGAAAGCUCAGCUUGCUGCCCUGCGAAAGAGCUUUCUGAGAGAGAACUGGCCUGCAGAGGCAGAGCUUAGACGUUUGCAGGAUGAAACAGGGCUGAGCCGUAACGACAUUCGUAAAUGGUUCAGUGACAGCCGGUACCAGCUUAGGGUUGGCCGCGGAAGCCUUGCUGCAGCCCAGAACCAUUCUCAACCCACUGGAGGAAAACAUGACCAACAAAUUCAACCUCUCCCACUUAUUACACAAAAGACUAGUCUAAACGGGGUGAAGGGCCAGGAGGGAGUCCGUAGCAAUGGGAUUAGAAAUUCACAUUUCUUCCAGACCUUUUUGUCGAACAGCCUGGAAGCAUUUGGCGAAAGGGUCCUUGAGGCAGAAGGGUUUGAUGUUAUGGAGGAUCUGUCAGGUGAUGGGGACAGUUUGAAAGAUGAGGAAUAUAGUGAAGAGCAACCCCUACAACUGACAAAGACUUGCAAGAUUGAGGUAGAUGAUCCGCAGGAACCAUCAGGUAUCUUAAAAUCCUCUCCAUACUCUUCCCCCUCUGGCAGUCCACCCCUGACUGUCUCACCUAAUAAACCGCUUUUCAACAGCAUCGGCACAUCAAAGAAGUCUGCUCCCUCAUCCAAAGCCAGUCCCUCAGAAACAACAUGGCGCGUCUCUAAGACUCCCUCAUCUACAUCAACAUCCCCUGCCCUCACUCCGGCUGGGCGACCAAGAAAGACUAAGGAGCAGUUGGAUGUGUUAAAGCAGAACUUCUUACGCUGCCAGUGGCCCAAGAGUGAAGAUUACACUGAACUUGUAAAGCUUACAGGUUUACCCCGGGCAGAUGUUAUUCAGUGGUUUGGGGAUACACGGUAUGCCGUUAAAAACGGCCAGCUGCGCUGGGUGAAGGGGGUCCGCGACCAAUUCUUGGCAGAACUUGCAGCCCAGCAAAGUAGCAGCAGUUUAACUAAUGGAAGUGGUUCUGGGACAUCUUCUCGGGCUGGGGGUAGUCGCAAACGAAAAUCUCAAGCAAAUGCAACAAGUGCAGAUUCCCCUGAUAUCCAGCCACUGCUGACAUAUUACCUUUCAACAGGCCCGCUACACGAAAAAGACCUUGACUAUCUAUGCAAGAAAUCAAGAAUGAGCUACCAGCAAGUGCGAGAUUGGUUUGCAGCUCAGGGUGUUGGGGAGACUGAAGAAAAGCCUAUUGUUGCUGAUUAGGACGCUGGAAACAGACUGUAGAACAUUUCUAAAAGUUGGCAGUGCUCCACAUCCUUUGCACCAACGAGCAUUGGUUUUAAUUGCUUUACUUCGGCAGGUUUGUAACAUCCGGUCUUUCCAGUACAAGCCCAAAGUAAGGUUUGUGUUUUUAUAUGAUACAUUAUCUGCUUAUCGUAAUAUAUUUUGGACUUGAAUAAUAAUUGUGUUGCUGUGAAUAGGACAGUAACCUGUACACUGGUUUGCUAUAUUUUUUUGAGCUUAUUAUUUUUGUUUAGAUAUCACUACAUAAUUUUUAGCAUGCUAUUGUAGCAGUAUAAUUUAAACUGGUUGUGCUUCCGGUACCUGUCUAAAGCAGAUAACUGCUCUGGAAAAAUGUUUCUGUUGAUGAAUAUGUUGACUAAUAAUCAAUGUGUGUAAUCAUUCCUAUUCACCCAAUAAUUCCUUGUCGAGGAAAGCACACUGGACAUGUACACUUUAAAUUGACAACUUGCACUUUGGUUUUAGAGCCUGCUGCCAUACUCAUUAAAUCCAAUUAUUUCACAAAAUAUUAGUUCCUAACUAAACCGUGUCAUUCUUGAUCUCUUAACACUGAAACCUAUUAUCAUGACAUUUGGAAACCGCAUAGUACAUCCAAUUCUCCUUAUGUCUACAGUAUAUUUCUGAGACACAUUCCCCGAUUCUCCUGUAGACGCUCUGCUGUAAUACUUGAGUUACUUUAUACUUUGUCACAUUUCUACCAGAAAAGGAGAACCGUACUAAGAAAGCAAUCACAUCCACAUCAUAGUCAGAAAUCCCCAAUUUAUUUCUGAUUUGCACUCAUUCAGUCAGUAUUUUGUCUUAAUAGCUAUAAGGUGUGACUUAAUGGUUUAUAAUCUAGACAAACUAGAAACAAUGACGGACGGACGGGGGGGUCCACUUACUGUAUAAGUAGCAAAGGGUUUGAAUCCAAAGAAAAAAUAUUUUUCUGCUAACUCGAUUAUUAAUUAUAGCACAAACUCUAUACAUUCAGGUUAUCAGUUCAGAAAAUCUCCACUAAAAUACUUCUUGCUAGACCUACAAGGGGUGAAGUGGGCUUUAAGUAGAGUUUAGUUAAUUAGAAAUGUCUGAAUAAAGGUUAGAUGACCAUAAUGUUGAUAAAGCAUUGUCUAUCACUGUUUUUUUUGGCAUUCUAUUAGUAAUUAAAAGAUAAUGCAAGUGUCAUGCUGUGGGGAAAUGUCCACAAUGCUUUGUGUCUUCCUUAGCAGAUGUUUUCCAUGUAUUUUAUCCUGUUUGAAUAAUUUCUCAUUUGCACAAUUGUGUCACUGGAAACCAGUAAAGGAUUUGCCUUUCUAA